GACUGCGGACACAGUACAGGAGAUGACCAGAGACUGCGGACAUAGUACAGGAGAUGACCAGAGACUGCGGACACGGUACAGGAGAUGACCAGAGACUGUGGACACAGUACAGGAGAUGACCAGAGACUGCGGACACGGUACAGGAGAUACCAGAGACUGCGGGACACAGUACAGGAGAUGACCAGAGACUGCGGACAUAGUACAGGGGAUGACCAGAGACUGUGGACACAUUACAGGAGAUGGUCAGAGACUGUGGACAUAGUACAGGAGAUGAUCAGAGACUGCGGACACAGUACCGGAGAUGACAAGAGACUGCCGACACAGUACAGGAGAUGAACCAGAGACUGGCGGACACAGUACCAGGAG